AUGAAAUACUCAACUCUUUCCUUAGAACUGCUCGAGAAAUAUAUCAAAGUAGAAGCUGCUGUUCAAAAGUCCAUCGAGAAUCAACUUCAUACCACCCCACUUCAUCUAUUCAACACCAUCAUGGGGUGCUUAUGUGACCAAGGGGCACAGAUGAGCACUUUCAAAACAAGUGCAGAGUACAACAAGCUUCUGUUAUUGAUUAUGGCACACCCAGAUCUCCCAUUGGGGUGCAUCACAGAUGCAGGAGAGAACAAGCUGCUGCUUCACGACAUCCAAGACAAGAUUGUGUACAAGUUGAAUGCAGCUGGUGUUGUGAAGUUGCAGUCAUUCUGCAAAUUAGCUUGUCAAGUGGGUUAUCACUGGGCCUGGGUUGAUAUGUGUUGCAUCAACCAAAAUAACCAUGUCAAGCUCCAAAAAUCUCUCAACUCUACAUUUGUCUGGUAUCACCAUUCAGCCCUCACUGUUGUCUACCUCUCAGAUGUUCUGCCUUUGGCCAAGUCUGGUGCAUUGGAUUGGAUGCUAUAUCUCAACAACCACUUCCUCAACCACAAGGAAUCUAUGGAGAUCAUGCAUGAGUUGGAGGACACGAUGGGCAUAGAUGCACACACUCUUGUUGCCUUCCAACCAGGAAUGCAAGAUGCUCAAGAGAAACUCCAUUGGAUGUCUAUGUGUGUGACCACUGUGCUGGAAGACAUUGCAUAUUUGUUGUUUGGCAUCUUUGGCAUCCAAUUGCCUAUCCUUUAUGGUGAAAAUGCACAAACUGCACUUGGACAACUCCUGCAGGAGAUCAUGGCUUGGUCAGGGGACACCACCGCCCUGGACUGGGUUGGACAACCAUCCAAGUUCAAUAGUUGUCUCCUGGCCAACAUUUUCUCAUAUGCAGCCCCUCCAUGUGCCCUCCCAUGUUUGUCUGAAGACAAGAUUCAGACUGCAGUCUCUUGGCUGCAAGAUACCAUCACCAUUGAUCAAUCUUUGAAACUGUAUACCCUGCUGCAGAAUAGGUCUGGUGCAGCCCAAGAAACAUUGUUCACAUAUGCAGUCAAGGCAGAUGGGCUUAAUGACCUGUUGAUCACCACUGAAGAGAAGCUGAUCCAGUUCUCACAGCUCUGGCCAACUCAGCAGAUAUUCUUACUUGUCCUUCCACGGGACUGUCAUCUCCUCAAGCUGCCCAACUUCACAGAUGAUGCGGAAAGCUUGGGGGAUUUGGCUCAGCCUGAGUCUCCACUGGAUGACUCUGAUGAAUCCAUCAGCAAUUCACCUGGAGAAGAGGAGUUGGCUGAUUCAGAAUCUUACUCACAUGCAUUGAGAUUAAUUGUUUGCCUCAGGCAGCCAUUUGGCGCAUUUUUGCUAGCACAGUAG